AUGCAGAACCAUCACCAGCACUACUUCCAAUCCGAGGAGCGGUACGACGCUCCGGCUGGCGCUCCACCAGCAUACACCAACUAUGCCAGCCCAUCCUACCAAGCCGUCUCCGACUCCAAGCAUAGACACGGCAGGCCAAUCCUCUUCCCUCAGCAGCUGGUCUUCACCUACCGCGUGGGGCGCUCGCACUCGCACCUCGGCGAGGUCAAGGACCAGCCCCUCUCCUCGUCAGGAUCCCGCGCUGGUCCAUGGGCUGGUCCGACAUCGUCCUGCUCAGUGGCACCGACAAGCUCGACGCGCCCCUCGCCUCGGCUGGCGUCGAGAAGGGCAGCAAGACGACCCGCACCGCCCUCAGGGUCAUGCCCCACCGCGGCAGCCGCCUCCAGCAACCCUUCGAGACGAGCAUGGACGGCAACUACAAGUUCAAGCACCACUUCGCCGUCCCCGUUGGCGCCGACGGCCACCUGGAGACCUUCGAGUGGCGCCAGAGCAAGGGUAGGAUGGUCAAGGACCUCGUUGGCGGCUUCCAAUUCGGCCUGAAGCUCGUGCGCCUCCACGGCCCUCCCGCGGCCUCAUCGUCCAGCGCACACACCGGCAGCGACGAUGA